UUUCUCCUGCUCGGACAGGAAGUGAGAGAGAAACUUCAGUCAGUCGGGGGUCGUCGGAGCGCGAGGACCGAUCAUGUUGUGUGUUGUAGUGUGUGUGUGUGUGUGUGUGUUCCUCCUCUCUGGACCAGUCAGUGUCCACUCGUCUGUCCUGAGGUCACAUGACGUCCACCGACACUCGCUAUUACGUCUGGACCCUGAAGUAAACAUGAACAUCACAGAAAUUAUCAGACACUGGGGUUACACAGCAGAGGAACACGAGGUUCUGACGGAGGACGGGUACAUCCUCAGUGUGAACAGGAUCCCACAAGGACACAAACACACUGCAGGUCCACGGCCGGCGGUGCUGCUCCAGCACGGCCUCCUCGCCGCCGGCAGUAACUGGAUCACUAACCCGCCAAACAGCAGCCUGGGAUACGUGCUCGCCGACGCCGGCUACGACGUGUGGUUAGGAAACAGCCGGGGGAACACCUGGUCCAGAAGACACCGGACCCUUCACCCGGACCAGGACCAGUUCUGGAUGUUCAGUCAUGAUGAAAUGGCUCUGAAGGAUCUUCCUGCCGUCGUUAAUCACAUCCUGAAGACGACGAGACAACAACACAUUUAUUACAUCGGACACUCACAGGGGACGACAACAGCAUUCAUAGCGUUCUCCACGCUGCCUGAACUGUCCAGUAAGAUCCGGUUGUUCGUGGCGUUGGCUCCGGUGGCGACAGUCGCCUUCACGCACAGUCCCAUGACCAAGAUGUCCGUCCUGCCUGAGCCGCUAAUCUGGAAGGUGUUUGGGAGGCGGGACUUCCUGCCUCAGAGUUACCAGAUCAAGUGGUUUGCUGAACACGUGUGUGGGAAGCAGCUGCUCAGUGAACUCUGUGGAAACUUGUUCUUUGUCCUCUGUGGCUUUGACGAGAAAAACCUCAACAUGAGUCGGACUGCGGUUUAUACGACACACUGUCCUGCAGGGACGUCUGUCCAGAACAUGAUCCACUGGGCCCAGGCUGUUCAUGAAGGGAAACUGAUGGCGUUUGACUUUGGACGUUCAGGAAACAUGAAACAUUAUAAUCAGUCCACUCCCCCUGAGUAUCACAUCAAGAACAUGAAGGUUCCCACCGCGUUGUUCUCGGGGGGUCAGGACACGCUGGCUGACCCCAAAGACGUCGAUGUGCUCCGCACUCAGGUCCCUCAGCUGGUCUUCCAUAAACGCAUUGAACACUGGGAACACCUGGACUUCAUCUGGGGCCUGGACGCUCCGGAGCAGAUGUUUCCUGACAUCCUGCAGCUGCUGCAGCAGCACCACUAGAGGGAGCCGCGACCACACGGUGAAGACAGACCGUGUGUUCUGUGCGUCCAUCGGUGACUGUGAAGCGUUGACACGCAGCAAACAAACCGAGACUUUGAUUUUAUACGCUUUUAUUGUGAAGGGGUGUGAUCAUUGGUCCCUCCCCCUCAUUAAUGACAUGACACUGACCUCUUAUCAUAAAUGUUACUUAAGUGUUAGGAUGCUUAUGUUAGCAUUAGCCACAGGAGGUCAUGUGGUGGGCGGGGCCUAAUGUUUGUUUACAGUAAGAUCACAUGACUAUUUUUUGCUUUUUAUUAAAU